AUGGGUGCAUUAUUAUGGAUUGCUCUGGCGUCUACUAAUGCACCGAAUUGGAGAAAGUUCCCAAUAGGUUAUGUUAUUGUCUUCUUUGUUGCCUUGAUUAGUAAAAUGCUGGCAAGUAAUGUUGUAUUAAAAAAAGGCAGCGUUGGUGACUCCAUCUGGGCUAUCAUUUUUGGCUGUUGUUUACGGAAUGCACUAUCCUUCUUCACCAAAUCAAACAUUUUGCCACCAUGGCUUAAAGUUGCUCAACAGACAGAACUCUACAUCGCCAUCAGUUUAGUCCUUCUUUGCAUUGAUAUUAGUGUUUUACGUCCACUGGCAGCUCGCGCUCUUUUCGUCAGCUGGAUCGAUACACCCACUUUGUUUAUUGUUGUUGCUUAUUUCGGCUGGAAGAUUUUAAAAAUAGACAGACAAACAGCUAUCAUUAUGUCAGGCGCUACGUUUAUUUGUGGGUCUUCCGCAGCCAUUGCUCUCGGGUCAAGUAUGGGAGUGCCUCAUAAAACAGAGUUUCCCAUUGCGAUUAUUUCUAUUUUUACCAUUCCAAGUAUUAUCGCCUUGCCUUAUAUUGCUAAACGUAUGGCCCUGUCAGCAACUGUCAGUGGCGCGUGGUUUGGCGGAUGUGUCGAUUCGACAGGCGCUGUGAUCGCUGCAGCAAGUAUUUAUGGUGAUCAUGAUGCAAUCAACACUUCGGCUAUUGUAAAAAUGAUGCAGAAUGUUUUAAUUGGCCCUCUGUCAGUUAUUUUGGCUUGGGCUUGGUCUCGCUAUGAGUUACAGGCUGCCUAUAAGCAAGAAGAGGAAUUGCUAAAUAAUCCCGAUAACGAUAAAGGGAAUCGCAAUAUUGAUUCAUUGGCUCAAACACAUCAACAGCAGCAGCAACACAUAACAGAUGACAGUCUGGGAGGUGAGGAUAGUAAUACUCCCUCUGUAAAACAUCCGCGCAACAUCCAUGUAGCUACUCGCCCGACAGAAAGCGCCUACGUUUUGUUAUGGAAAAGGUUUCCAAAGUUUGUCAUUGGCUUUAUUAUCACAGCUGUACUGUUUAACACCACCAUCGAUGAUGACACCAAUUUGAGACAGCUGAUUAAUAACUAUUGCUUUUACGUUUCUGAAUGGUUCUCAACACUAUCUUUCGUUAGUAUUGGGAUGGGGCUACAGUUGAGUGAUGUAAAGCGAAAUAUACGUAGUUUAGGAAAGCUAGUGACCUUGUAUAUCAUUGCUCAACUGAUCGAUAUUAUCGUCACAUGCGUUUUGGCAUGGACAGCCUUUACACAUCUAUGA